UUAAGGGGCUCACACAGGGAAGGAGAAGAGAUGUUGGUCUACCUACCCACAUCUAAUUAAGACUAAGUCUUACUAAGCAAUAUGGCGAUGGGUUCGAGCGCCACGAAGCGCAGCUGUUUCACCCGGCGCUGCGGCCGCCUGGUCAAGGAGCAACGGGCUAGGCUUUACAUUCUCCGCCGGUGCGCCACCAUGUUAGUGUGCUGGUACAUCCAUGGAGAUGACUGAUCCAAUGGGGCUUCCUUGUAAAGAUCACGAUCAGGACACAUACAUGUGGUAGGCUAGGCAUACAUACAAAAAUGAAGCCAGUUGCAGAGUUUUUGGUCGUCUUUUUUU